UGGCACACUUAGCAGGAAAUGGAGCAACUCAGAAGUUGUAUUGAGCCUAGUAGAAGACAAUUAUUAACUCCUACUCAAGUUCAUAAUGCUGAGGAUCUGAUAAGAGAAAUUGCUGUUUUGGAGCUUGAAGUUGUGUCUUUGGAGAAGUAUCUCCUCUCGAUGUAUCGAAGAGCGUUUGAUAAACGGUUGUCUGCCCUUUCCGUGAAGAAUCACAAAGAAAAAGAGGAAUUAAGUAGAAAAGAAAUGAUAUUCUCAUCAGAAAAGCGGGGUGUAACUAGCACUAGUCCAGCUUUGCAGCCACAAGGCAUGGUUAAUAGUCCACCCGAAGAACAGAAACUGCUCGAUUCGAGUAUUCUACGAACCCAUUCGUCUCUAUCUCAUGCAGGCUGUUCAUUCAGAACUUCUCCUCCAAUUGGCGUCCUUGCUGAAGCUUUGGACUCUUACCAUUCUUUGCCUUUAUCAAUGCUGGAGCGGGCACAAGAAUUGUCUUCGAACGUUGAGAAUCUAGGUAGCGGUGUUUCUGAUCGAGGCCACGAAGCGCCAAACUGGCUAUCUGAAGAGAUGAUUAGAAGCAUUUCAGCCAUAUAUUGCAAGCUGGCUAACCCGCCAUUGUUCAAUGAUGGUUACACUUCCUCUCCAAUCUCAUUCUCUUCACCAACAAUAAUUGAGUCUUUUGCUCAAGGUCACUAUGAUGUGCCCGAAGAGUCUAGAGAGCCUAGUGGCCAUUUUAUCGCCAUGGCUGAGGUGCAAGGGCUCUGUCGCGAUGACCAAAGCUUUAAAGGCGUCGAGCACGUGCUAAAAUAUUUUAGAUCUCUAGUCUCGCAUUUGGAGCAGGUUGAUCCUAGUAAAAUGAGACACGACGAGAAGCUAGCCUUCUGGAUUAACAUCCACAAUUCACUAGUAAUGCAUGCCUUCUUGAUUUAUGGGAUUCCUAGAAGUAACCUCAAAAGGGUGUCUCUUCUCCUAAAGGCUGCUUAUAACAUUGGAGGGAAAGCAGUAAGUGUUGAUAUGAUUCAGAGUUCUAUUCUAGGAUGCCGAAUGCCACGUCCAGGACAAUGGAUUCAAUCCUUGUUCUUCCCCAAGCAAAAGUUCAAGUCCGGAGAUCCAAGAAGGGCAUACUCAAUGGAGCACCCAGAGCCUCGCCUUCGCUUUGCCCUUUGCUCAGGAUGCCAUUCUGAUCCCGUGGCUCGCUUAUACACACCCAAGAGAGUUUUCCAGGAUCUCGAAGUGGCAAAAGAAGAGUACAUUCAAACAAGCAUCAGGGUACACAAGGAACAGAAAGUUGUGUUGCCAAAGAACGUGGAAGCUUUCAUCAAGGAGGCAGGGCUGUGUUCAUCUGGGGUGGUGGAGAUGAUAGAGCCCUCUUUGUCUGACACUUUGCGGAAGAACUUUCUGCAGAUUGCUGCAGAUAAGGGGAAUAAAGUGUGGAAGAAGAUUGAGUGGAUUCCUCAUAACUUCAGUUUUCGGUAUCUGAUUUCAAAUGAAUUAGCAGAGGGCUCCCUGUCUCUAAUAUUUCAUGACCAAUAA